AUGUCUGCGUCUUCCUCCUCCUCAACCGCAGGCAUCCACGCGGUGAAGGUGGGCCCAGGCCUAACAUUCACUCCCGACACUGUGACCGCCGCUGAAGGCGACUGGGUUGAAUUCACGUUCGGCUCAGGUCACUCUGUCGCCCAGUCGUCAUUUGAUGCUCCCUGCGUGCCCAUGGAUGGCGGCGCUGGCGUUUACUCUGGGUUCCCCAACAAUGGCGAUAUUUGGCGGAUCCAGGUCAACAACACAGAUCCACUGUGGCUGUACUGCUCAGCAACCGGGCACUGUGAGGGAGGCAUGGUCAUGGUGGUGAACCCUCCAUCCAGUGGCAAUACCCUCGACGCAUACAAAUCAGCCGCAGCCAAUGCUCAGGCAUCGUCACCAGAGACUAUUCAGGGCGGCGUCUUCGGCGCUGCCGCAGAUGAUUCGGGCAGCUCAAGCAGCAGCGCUUCUGGCUCAAGCACUGCUAGCGCCACGGGAGCUGGUGCCAGUGCAUCGUCGCCAGGAAAUGCCGGGACCUCGAAUACCAUCUCGAAUGGUCUGAUGAUCAUGGGUGCUGUUGCCGCUGGUGCUGCCGCUAUUUUGUAG